AUGGAUAUUCCUAAAUAUCCGGUUAUUUUCUUCAAACCAACUACUGCAAUCACAGGCCCAUGUGACCCAAUCUUUGUUCCAAGUGUUUGCCAGAUCCACCCACCGGCCAAGGUGGAUUAUGAGGUUGAAUUGGUUAUUGUAAUUGGCAAAGAGGGAAAAGAUAUCCCAGUAAACAAAGCCCAUGAAUAUAUAAUGGGUUAUACUAUAGGAAAUGAUGUAAGUCAAAGGACUUGGCAAAUGGAAAGAGGUGGCACGCAAUUUGGCGUAGGAAAAAUGUUUGACACCUUUGCUCCUAUUGGACCAGCAAUAGUCUCUGCUAGUUCUUUAGACAACACAUCAAACCUAAGGAUUUAUUCGAAAGUAAAUAAUGAUAUUAGGCAAGAUUCAAAUACUUCCGAUAUGAUCUUUAACUGCAACGAGGUUGUAUCCUUUAUGUCUAUCGGUACAACUUUGAGACCUGGUGAUCUUAUAUUUACUGGUACUCCAUCAGGUGUUGCAGUUGGUCUUAAUCCUCCUCCAUACUUAAAAGACGGAGAUGAAGUCUUUUUCCAUAUUGAUAAAAUUGGCAUUCUUAAAAAUAAGGUAAUAUUUGAAAACCCUGAUCAAUCAAUAGUAGAAUUAUAUACAUAA